GAAAGGAAGAGUUAAAUUAAUGCUGAUGAGUGAAGACAUUAAUUCCAUUCAUAACCGACAGGGAGAACAAAGGAUGACUCUCACCAAAAUAUCUAACAUCUCACGUUCAAAUACUCCAAAGCACUUAAGCAAGUAAAAGCAGCCAAACCGACCACACCGCAAAACAAGCCAAGCCUCGAUUUUACAACCUUCAACUUACUGAUGAAUAACUCUUAAAAACCCAAAGCCUUGUGAUCUAGUCACUUCACAAUCUACAAACAGCUAUAAAUGCAUACACACACACACACACACAAGGUCAUUGAGAAAGAUAAACCCCAAAACAAUCAACAAUACUCCUGUUGCUGUGAGAACCGUUGGUGUAGAUGCUUUGCAAGCAAAAUUUAGAGACCCCAACAAUAAAAGCCAUGCUUAACACCUACCAUGCCUCCAAACUACCAUCAAACCAGUGUGGUUCUAGCCUUGUGCAAACAAUAGAUGCACCUUUACCUCUUGUAUGGUCCCUUAUAAGGCGCUUUGAGUAUCCACAAGGGUACAAGCUCUUUGUGAAGAAGUGCACCCUUCUUGAUGGGAAUGGUGGCAUUGGAAGCGUGCGUGAGGUCAUGGUCACAUCUGGGUUACCAGCUGGUGUUAGUGUGGAGAGGUUGGACAAGCUCGAUGAUGAUAAGCAUGUCUUCAAGUUUAGCAUCAUUGGUGGUGAUCACAGGCUUGUCAAUUAUAGUUCCACCAUUACUUUGCAUCAAGAGGAAGAGGAGUACGGGGGAAAGACGGUGGCGAUAGAGUCGUACGCGGUGGACGUUCCGGCGGGGAGUACCGUCGACGAUACAUGCUCUUUUGCUAAUACUAUCAUAGCUUGCAAUCUUAGGUCGUUGGCUAAGAUCACAGAAGAAAUGGUUUGUAAGGCUAAUCAAAUUAAGGUUUAAUACAUAAGUAGGUUCCUUUUUUUUAAUUUUUAAUUAGUCUCUAAACUUAAAAAAAAUGUAAUUUAGUUUUUAAUCUUCUACUAUUUUUGUAAUUGGGUUCUUGGAGUUAAUGAAAUCGUCACAUUGUUAUUUUUUUGA